AUAUUUACAUGCAAUAAUGUUUAAAACAACAAAAAUUAGAUUCAUUUUGUAAAAAUAAACUAAACAUCAAAAACAAAACACUUACAUUUUUCUUUUAGUUAUAUUUCUGGUUACGUGCAGAGGGAACAGAAGGAUAUCAGUGCAUCCUGUCCCGAGACACCGAGGACUCUUAAUGGUGGAAACUCUUGUUCCUGAUAUAAAGACUCUCUGCUGAUUGUGUUGGGCACACAGCGCUCCUCUCCUGCUGACACGGAGGAUUACACACACACAAGCUCACACACGCUGUACGUACAACACUAGAUGUACCCGAGUGUAAACACAGAGCUGCGCGGAUUAACAUAAACUACAGUGCUAUAUACACUCAUGUUCAAACAGGAGGCACUCACGCACGCUGGAUUUAAAGUAACACACAUAUACACACACACACUCAUUGUCAGAGGUCAUGACACCAACCUGCAAGAAGCGCAGAGCAGCUGACAGACAUCUCAGUCUGGUGACAUGGGGCACCACACUGGAACGGUCAAAGACUACUUCUGUAUUCACUGCAACAGGACUCUCGUGUUUCAGGCAGUUCACAGCUUGAGCGUGGAAUGGCUGAACUGGUGCGAAUCCGUAAGAAACGGCUGCAGAUCCCCAUCUCUAGUGAAGGUGUCUGGAUCAUAUUCUGCUGUAGGAGCUGACUUGUUCUGCAGCAGUGGAAAUAUGCUCAGGAGCAUGCUCAAGCAGCUGGAGGAGAAAGAUGUCGACUUCGAGGAAAUCAAAAAGAGCCUGGAUUUCACGGCGUCCUUACUGGAGGCAGUUUACCUCGAUGGAACAAGGCAGUGUCUGGAGUCUGAGGACGACCUCCAGCAGCUGCAGUCAGACGGCGUGCCCGCGGAGGUCACCGAUUGGCUGGCGUCCACCUUUACCCAGAGGGUCCGGCGGCCUGUGCGACGCUCGGACGAGAAGCCCAAGUUCCGCAGCAUUGUGCACGCGGUGCAGGCUGGGAUAUUUGUGGAGAGGAUGUUCAAGAGGGCCUACACGGCAGCCAUGCCAGACCAACCUGCGGCGGUCGUAAACUGCCUCAGGGAUGUCGACCGCUGGAGCUUUGAUGUGUUCGCCCUGAACGCAGCCAGCUCCGACCACGCGCUGCGAACUCUGUUCUUUGAGCUGAUCACCAGAUACGGGCUCAACAGCCGCUUUAAGAUCCCCAUCUCGUGCCUGACUGAGUUCCUGUCUGCACUGGAGAGAGGAUACUGCAAACACAGCAACCCCUACCACAGCCACGUCCAUGCUGCCGAUGUGACUCAGACUCUGCACUGCCUGCUGCUGCGAUCUGGACUCGUGCACUGGCUGACAGAGCUAGAGGUGAUGGCGUCACUGUUCGCUGCAGCCAUCCAUGACUACGAACACACGGGAACCACAAACAACUUUCACAUCCACACAAAGUCAGAGUUUGCUUUGAUCUACAAUGACCGGUCGGUACAAGAAAGUCAUCACCUGAGCGCAGCGUUUCGCCUGCUGCAAGACGACCAAAUGAACAUCUUCACUAAUUUGACAAGAGAGGAAUGGAUGGAGCUGCGGUCGCUUGUUAUAGAGAUGGUGUUGUCCACAGAUAUGUCCUCCCACCUACUCCAAGUCAAAGCGAUGAAGGCCUGUCUACAACAACAAGAACGGAUCGACAAGCCCAAAGCUCUAUCUCUGUUACUACACACUGCUGACAUAAGCCAUCCAUCCAAGCCCUGGGCACUGCACUCUCGCUGGACCAAAGCGCUGAUGGAGGAGUUUUUCAGGCAGGGUGAUAGAGAGGCGGAGCUCGGCCUGCCCUUCUCUCCUCUGUGUGAUCGAAAAAGCACCCUGGUAGCCGAGUCCCAGAUCGGUUUCAUAGACUUCAUUGUGUAUCCUACAUUCUCCCUGCUGACAGACAUGGCUGAAAAGAUUGUUAUUCCUUUGGUGGAGGAGAACCCAGGUCCACCAGACCCCUGCAACAGACACAGUAAUCUGUGGAAGGAGAGCUCAAGAGGUCUGCAGUGGAGUCUCGCCCACAUCACAGCUGAGCUGGUGAGCUUUCGUUCCACUUGGACACGACACACUGAAGACAACAAGCUCAAAUGGAAGGAAAGUGGCUCCAAUGGAUUUUCAGACCCGGCUGUGACAAAAGAGCAGAGAUCCAGACAAGACGAUCCGUCAGAGAAAUCCCUGCAAGACCCCUCCAUGGCUAAAGAACAGUAGAUGGGACUUAAUUUAUGUGCUUUCUUUCAUAGAAUAUCUACAAGGGUUUACUGAGGUUAUUGUUGAGUCACUUCUUAUACAAUGACUGAGGGAGUCAGAGGAGGAGGGGUUGGGGGAGGAAC